AUGUCCGAUACGCUGCAAGACGAAGAGUCGUCGUCACGAAGUAAUUCUCUUAAAAUAUCCUUACCAACUGUCCUGUGCACGGAUGCCUCUGAUAAUGCCGCUAUACCAGAUACAACCUCUUUUGUGAAUUCAGAGUCCAAACAUUCCUUGCCCUCUAGCUUCGGUACACCAACGACACCUCUUAGACUAUCAUCGCCUUUAUCUUUGCCCACGUCGCCUACUCCGUUCACAAAGGCAUCGCUUCAAACACGCUCUAACAAAUCCCUAGAUGAACCCUCCGAGAAAAAACAAUCGAGCACUAUGAAUAAACCUCUAGUCAACGCAGGAUCCGCUACCGGCAACCCACGUAACAAAUGUGCACUGCAACCUGGUCACAGUCUUAUGGACUGGAUUCGUCUCGGCAACUCCGGAAAGGAUCUCACAGGCGUCGGAGGUCGCAUCCGUCCCGUGACCCCACAGGAACUGGCCACACAUAGUACACAGAAAGAUGCAUGGUUGGCUAUACGAGGUCGAGUUUAUAAUAUCACGCAUUAUUUGCCUUAUCAUCCAGGAGGAGCGGAAGAGUUAAUGCGUGGCGCAGGCAUUGAUGCCACCGAGUUAUUUGAUAAAGUGCACCCUUGGGUCAAUUAUGAUUCACUUCUAGCCAAAUGUUUAGUGGGCCCCCUUCGCUUCGACCGACCGGAUUCGGAAGAACUUUUCGACAUAACAAAUUCAUCACCAAAAUCCGACAGACUCAGAGAACCGUCUAAAGCCCAAGAGCUUGUUCGAAAAUCAAUGGAGAAUUUAGCAAAUUGCAUUACACCCGUUCGAAAAAAAAUAACGACUAAAAGCGAGGAAAACAUAAAAGGAAGUCCACCAAGUAAAAUAAUGCAGAGUUUAAUUCACUCGAGUGACUUACCCGUAUCUAUAAGCCGUAGAGCGGGAUCUAGUCCUCUAAAGUCUGCAGAUAAAUCAAAAGACUCGCCUCCGCCACUGCGCUUUGAUUGGAUUCAAACCUCCACAAAGCUAACUAUCUCUGUAUAUACAGGACUUUUGUCAAAUCCGGGCGCUUGUGCCAGGAUUACUGACUGUACAUUGUUCAUAGAAGUAGCUACAAAUGGGUGGCUUAGAAUAGUAAAGCUAGUUCCUGAAGAAGCAAUCAAGGAACCUUUACAAAUACGAGUAUUCCCUGAGAGUGGUAAAAUAGAGGUGACUAUGUUCAAAGCCACAGGAAAAGUUUGGAAGAACAUCGGUGAGACCACGUUCAGUCCAGCGACUCCUAUCUCGUUGCCACGAACGUUAGAAUGCCGAGUGAUGCAUAUAGAACGAGUCUCGCAUGAUACUACGCUACUAGCUUUAGCUCCUAAAAAUGGACCCGUUAUUGUUCCUUUGGGACACCACGUCCGCGUUCAUCAUAAAAUUAAAGAUAAAGAAUGCAUUCGAUCGUACACGCCUGUGGGAGACAAUUGGGAUCGUUACGGAAGCGAUUUAAGCACCUUGAAGUUAACAAUCAAAAGAUAUGAUAAAGGCAUUCUAUCUCCACAUUUAACUGCCGUGAAAAUAGGGGAUUUGAUUACACUUUCAGGACCAUACGGCAGCUUUCAGUUACAAAAGCUAAAAUCUGUCAAAACUAUAUAUUUAAUAGCGGCGGGUACGGGAAUUACGCCGAUGCUAGGAUUGCUAAGAUUUAUGCUAACACGAUCGAAUCCCAAAUGUGAAGGAGUGCAUUUACUGUUCUUUAAUAAAACAGAACAGGAUAUCCUAUUCAAGGAGAACUUGGAUGAAAUAGCAAAACAAGACGAAAGAUUGAAAAUAGUACACGUGUUAUCAAACGCUAGUGCUUCGUGGACAGGACAGAAAGGGAGGAUAUCAAGAGAGAUUUUGUCCCAAAGUAUAGAAAAAGAAGUUUUCGCAGAAGGAUCACGAUUCGUUUGUCUGUGUGGUCCAACGGAAUUUACGCAAGUGGGACUGGACUUUCUAAAGAAAUUAGGGCUAAAAGAUAAUGAUUUGCAUGGUUUUAUUGGA